AGAGGACACAGGGAAAGAACCAGGAGCCUAGAAGUAAGGAUGCAGAACAGCAAGGAAGGAAGGGAGGAUAGAUGAAUGAAGAAUGAAGAGAAGAGCAGAAGAAGCAGGGAAUUGAAGCAGAAAGGGGGAGAGAGGUCUGAAGAAACAUCAUUCAGCUUUGAAAAUCAGAUGAACUUUCUACUAUAGGGACAGGAGAUGAGAAUGCAAGGAGGUUUGGUAAAGAGCUCUAAUAUAACAACAAAGGUUUGACCUAUUGGUGCCAUGGCUACAAGUGCUGUUCCAAGUGAAAACCUUCCGACAUACAAGCUUGUGGUUGUUGGAGAUGGAGGCGUGGGAAAGAGCGCCCUCACCAUUCAGUUUUUCCAGAAGAUUUUUGUGCCAGACUAUGAUCCAACCAUUGAAGAUUCCUACCUGAAGCACACUGAAAUAGAUGGGCAAUGGGCAAUUCUUGAUGUCCUGGACACAGCAGGCCAGGAAGAAUUCAGCGCAAUGAGAGAGCAGUACAUGAGGACAGGAGAUGGGUUCCUGAUAGUUUAUUCGGUCACAGAUAAAGCCAGCUUUGAGCAUGUGGACAGAUUCCAUCAACUCAUCCUCCGAGUCAAAGACAGAGAAUCUUUUCCAAUGAUUUUGGUGGCCAACAAAGUUGAUCUAAUGCAUCUACGAAAAAUAACCCAGGAGCAAGGAAAGGAAAUGGCAGCAAAGCACAAUAUUCCAUAUAUAGAAACCAGUGCCAAGGACCCUCCACUGAAUGUUGACAAAGCCUUCCACGAUCUCGUUCGAGUAAUCAGGCAACAGGUCCCAGAGAAGAGCCAGAAGAAGAAGAAAAAGACCAAGUGGCGAGGUGACAGAGCAACUAGUUCUCACAAACUGCACUGUGUGAUUUUGUGACUGCCACAUUUCCUUUUUUUUUUCCCCCCGAUCAACUUGAGCCUACUUUGAACUAAACAACCACCUCCCUUUGAAUACUGUACCACUGAACUGCAAUGUGACAUCUCAAGGACAGGGAGCAGAGCCUUGGGGAGUUCUGAUGUUCUGCCAAAUAACUGCUUAGCAAGUGGUGGUGCAGACUACUUUCUAAAAGUCCCCACAAGUAGGGGACAAAGCAAGACCAGAGUCUUAUGAACAGCAACCAUUGCAGAAAUCCUUAAUGCAAAAGAAGAGCUGGAUUUUACUUGCAGACAUUUCUAGGUAUACACUAGGUCAUUUCUAAACAGUCAUGAAUUACUCCAUUUUGUAGAGAGUGUGUGUGUGUGGUGUGUGUGUGUGUGUGUGUGUACACACACAGGUUUUUUCCCUGCUCUAGAAGCACUGAGCGGGAAAGAAGUGCAGUGGAUUUGUUUUCUCUUGCACUGGACACUCCCCGAUAUACACAGCAAUGCCAAACUGCAACUUCAUAUGAGAGUGCAUAGAUUGAAAGGAAGAAAAUGAAUUCCAGCUGCUCUGGGUACUCCAGACAUUGUGUCAGAGGCUGGAUGAUAGCCAGUUCUUGAACUGUGAAUGCCGGCAAAGAUGAUGGAGGAAUGGGGUUAGUUUGUUUUUGUUGUCAUUGUCCUUCUUGUUAAUCCCAGUUAGGGAGUUGUAUUUUGUGGGGGCAUGUCAAGGCUGUUGCGGGGGGUGGGAGGGUGUGAUGGGAGAGAGGUAGCCAUUUUGCUAAUCCUGAAAGUAUUUAAAUUAAAAGCAAUUUACAAAUUAAGUGUGAUUGGUAGGUGGUUGUUUUUAGAGAAACACAGGCAAAUUUUAUAUAGUGUAAGCAGAUGUGCUGCUUAAGUUCCGGUUCUUGAUGACUUGACUUUCACUUUUAAGCCAAAUAGCUUUGCAUUUUUUGAACUGAAGUGGUUGCGGCUUUCCCUUCCAAUAAUACAUUCCUAAGUUCAGGAGAGCUUGUCCCUCCUCUCUUAAAAUCAGUUCUUGUAUUACAUCUGUUUUUCAGAAACCUGUCUCCUAGAAAUGACUAAGUAUUUAUGUAUUUUCACACCACAUGCAUCUGUUAGCAGAUGCGCUGCCUGCCACAUGCCAUUUUAAAAUCAAAUUGGGGUUUCCUUCAUGAUACUUCUAGCAUGAAAACAUAAUAUUCAGGAAGUUGCUCCAUAAUGCACUGUAAAACAGUAGCAAAGAUAACAAACGGUAACUUUCCAAUCAGUUCCUGGACCACUCCCAGAUGGCAAUUUUACUUCCCUUUACCAUGGGAAGGGCAAGUGUGAGUUCAUAUAUCAGAUUUAUUUCGAAGUCCCUGCAAGCGAUCAGGGAGCACUCCAUACACUAUUCGGGUUUUUCAUUGCACAUUGGAGCUUUGCCCAAUUUAUGUCCGGGGUAAAAAAAAAUUCCACUUUUUGCAUUAGUGUUUUGGGCAAACCAAAUUCUCAGUAUCUGGUAUGCCCCCUAACUUGCAGUACCUCUCCUCUUAAUCCCACGGUAAAGCCUGAGAAAGGCCCUGGUUGUUGAUGGCACACAGAUACUAGAACUUCUUGUCAUCUCUUGUGACUAGUUGGGCAAAGCUAGAGCUGGAUAUGGCCUGUUGUGUCUUGGUUAGGGGGUGCCUUGCUCCUUGACUUAAUGAACAACUAAGGAAGACUUGCUAUAACAAGUUUAAGAAGUCCUUGAGAGCAAAGAAGAAGGUGACUGAGUAGGGUCCCCACUGUGUGCAAUCCUGUGUAUGUUUACUUGGAAGCAAAUCCCACCGUGAUCAAUGGGGUAUACUCCCUAAUAAGUGUGUGUAAUUCCCAAUGAGCUGUUCCAUACACAAUAACUUUAAGCACAGACGUCAGCCAUGAGGAGCAAUUGAAAGCAGUUUCCAUGUGGCAUCUGUUUUCAUGUGCAUCUGCUUUCAGACUCUAGUGAGGAAGGGUUUCUUCAGACUUUUACACAUCUUAGGUCUGUUUCUUUCACUAUCCAGUUCAAACAACUCCUGCUCCAAACAAAAGAGUAAUUAAUAUGCUGCAGCUGUAUCUAAACAGCCUCUGUAGCCUUCACCAAUUAGAGCAAGCAAUUCUGAGGCAGAGGGAGGGUAUCUGGUGUGCGUUUUACAUCUCAAUAGCAGGGGUGUCCUUUCUGCUCUCAGCAAACUCUUCCCCACCUCCCAUGCCUGAGCUGUGGGAACCAGCCAAAAGGUCUAGGCACACACGCUUCUGGUGCAGCGUGCUCCUUUCUGCCAUCUUCAGAAUAAAGAACUGACUUUUGCAAAUAAACAAAAGUGUUAGGAUGCAGAACAAAAAAAGCAGGAAAUUCAAAAUGAGGCUGAUGCCACAGACCCAGCUCACACCAUUGUGGAGAAGGAACAAAACACAAUGGUGUGAACUGGGCACCAUUUCACAGGGUCCUCCCUUUCCCUCUGAACUUCCUGGCUUUGGCCACUUUGAUUCUAUGACCUAGUUUCUGAGAUGAAUUCCCACCAUGACUGCAUCCAAGGUUCAUGCUUACUUCCAUAUAUCUACCCACAGGUCCCUCUGCUAUGAGAAAGGAGUUGGGGAAAUGGGAGGGGCUCUUCCCUCUUGCACAUCUGACCAUCUUCUUGCUCAUUAAAAGAUUUCCAAGCCGUG